AUGGACUGCAUGGACGGAACUUUACAAGACUUCAUAUUGUCGCAAGAUGGUAUUCCUCCUGAUCCAAGUAUCUAUCAAAAUAUCCUCAAGCAAGUUCUCAAAGGGCUAGACCAUAUUCAUUCUCAUCAGUUUAUUCACAGAGAUAUCAAACCUGAAAAUAUUCUUAUUACUGGAGACAUCAGUGGACCAAAUCUAGUGGUCAAGGUUGCAGACUUCAAUCUUAGCAAGGACUUGUCAGAUGGUCCAGAUGACGCUUUUACUAGCUACAUUGGAACAAGAUGGUACCGGGCCCCAGAGGUGUUGAUUAAGUGUGAGAGAUAUAGCACCGCUAUAGACAUUUGGGCGUUUGCUGCUGUGGCAUACGAAAUGGCAACUUGCUGUGUGUUAUUUGAAGGCCGUGAUCAGAUUCACCAACUAAAGCUACAGGUUCAGCUAUUAGGGGCUCCAGGACCCAAUUCCGUUUGUGGAGAGUUCCAGCCAUUAACUAAUUUUCUUGAAGAAAUGAGCAAUGAUGCGUAUAAUGAGAUAAUUGAGGUUUGUGACUACCUCAACUUCGAGCCGGAAUAUUUACGUCUAUUUUCAGGCGAUGAUUUCUGGCAGCAGCUGUCGGAUGAAUGCCGGGGAGAUAUAGGUAGUACUGUCUUUGGGAGAAAAGAAAAAAGAGCUGAUGAUGAAAACGAUCCUGAAAACCAGAUUUCAAGUUUCAACAGCUUUUCGGGAUUAAACCGUUUCUGUACCAUCAAUCAUGGCGGAAAACUUGUGCCAUCGUACACAGGACUUUCUGACUUCAACAAACUGCUUCUUCCAAUUCUCAGGUGGGAUCCAUCCACCAGGCCCACAGCAGGACAGCUAUUGUGCCACCCCAUUCUCGCUGAUGAGUAUGACCAUACCGCAGGUCCUCUAACGGCCGUACCACCUCUAGUCCUCGAGAGAACAGACACAGCAGAAUCCGAUGACGAAGACCAAGACGACGACUACAACAUCCAAGCCCCGAAUAUGAUUAACCGCCCUCCUCUGAGUCUGGCAGAACCGAACAACGCUCCACACCCCCAACCCUCCAACAGCAAGAACAAAACAUCAGCGCCAUUCAACCCCAGAUUAGCUCAAAUAGCGGCUGCACCAAACGAAAACAGCGAGGAGCCCUUCGACGACAACCACCCAUCGCACAUCCUCUCACCCAAUCACUUAUAUAACUACUGGGCCAGUCCCUACUCAUUCCACUACUAA